AUGACGUCCAAGGCUUCCUUUGGCGUGCCGCCCGGUGCGAUCGCAAAGGUUCACAUCAUCGACUCGGGUUUCCGACUCUCUGGUAUGGCGACAAGCUGCUUGCUUACUCCAGCCAUGGAGAAUUUUGACACAAUGCCUCCUCUUGGAUCGUGGUGCUUCCUUGUGGAGAGCUCGACUGGACGGAGAGUGCUGUUCGACCUUGGCGGCCCUUCCGAUAUCAGCUCUUUCGCACCUUCUGUGGCCGGCGCCGUCCAGCAACUUGGCGUUACAGUGGAAGGAUCGAAGCCUGUUGCAAAGAUUCUCGGGGAGAAUGGCAUCGACCCUGCUCGCAUCGACAGUGUGAUCUGGAGCCAUGGACACUGGGACCACGUCGGGGACAUCACGGCUUUCCCAUCCACAACAGAUCUGAUUGUCGGUCCUGGCUUCAAAGAAGCCUAUUGUCCUGGCUACCCAACGAAGUCAGACGUGGAAUUACCAGAAAGCUGCUUCGAAGGUCGAACUGUGCGAGAGGUGGACUUCUCGUACAACGAAGCAGAACUCAAAGUCGGUGGUUUUCGCGCCGUGGACUUUUUCGGCGACGGCUCUUUCUUUCUACUCGACACGCCUGGUCACGCUGUUGGUCACCUAGCGGCUCUUGCACGAACGGCGUCCGAUCCUGACACCUUCAUCUUCAUGGGCGGCGAUCUGUGUCACCAUGGCGGAGAAAUCAGGCCUUCACCUCAUCUUCCCAUUCCGGCGGAGGUGCGCCUUUCAGUGUUUGACCCCUUCCGUUCCCAUGAUGGGGCCCUCUUUCGAGAGUUGAACGUCAAGCGUGGCCGCAAGCCCGAUGAGCCUUUCUUUGACCCCGUCCUCACGGUCGAUUUUCCUAGGGCGGUACAGACGAUCAAGGAGGCCCAGGAGUCAGACGCACAGAGCGACGUGUUCUUUGUGUUCGCUCACGAUAUGUCGAUGUGUGAUGUGGUUGAUUUCUUCCCGAAGUCGGCGAAUGACUGGAAACUCAAGGACUGGAAGCAGAAAGCGCUGUGGGGCUUCCUUGCGGAUCUGGCACCAGCAGCCAAGUCUGGUCCAUGA